AUGCAUCUCACGUCGCGCAAGUCGGACUCGCGCACGUCGACCGCGUCGGGCGCGUCGUUCCCGUCGUCGCGCUCGUGGCACAAGCGCACGUCGUCGCGGCGCCCGAUGGAGACGCUAGUCACGCUGCGCAAGCCGUCCUUCUCGCGCAUGGACACCUCGGAACCGCCCGUGGAGGACGAUGUCCCCGACGACAACAUCUCCAUGUCCUCCGCCGGCCAGAAGGUCAUCCCGGCCACCUUCAAGCUCGUCUCGCUCGAGGGGAAGAACGCCGUCACCAGCGCACACAGCGACGACCCCACCUUCGCCCAGGCGGGCGGCCACGAGGGCGCAUUCCAAUACGACGGUGCCACACUCGUCAAGAACGUCACCGAGAGGGAGGCUAAAUUUUACGAGCAGGCCGCUGCCGGCGACUGGCCGUCCGUCCUGCUGCCAAAGUACUACGGCCGGACAAAGGCAGGCGACGCCAUCAAAAUUCAAAACCUUACCCACGGCUUCCACCGCCCGUGCGUCAUGGACUUGAAGAUGGGCCAGCAGACCGUCGAAAACACAGAGACUAAACUUAUUAAGAAGCUCAAGAUGACCGCCCUGGACGUCGUCACCAAGUCCAAGUAUGCCGGCGUCCGCCUCGAGGGGCUCUCCAUGUACCGCACCCUGGAGAAGGGGCACAUCAAGGGCACCAAGGCCCAGAGCCACUCGCUCUCGGUCCGCGUCUCGCUACAGGACGUCAUCACCUUCUUCCUGACUGACGAGUCCGGCGUCCGCACUGACCUGGCACUCCGCUUCCAGACCGCCAUCGAGGGCAUCCUGCGCCAGUUUGAGAAGAACUCCCGUUUUCGCUUCAUCGGCUCCUCCAUCCUCUUCAUCUACGACAACGACAACCGCUCGCCGCACAUGCGCUGGGCCCGCGCCCUGCGCCAGCUCCACACGCUCAACCCCAACGCCCGUCUCUCGGAGGACCAGAUCUCCGGACUCACGCGUCGCACCAAGUGCGACGUCCGCAUGAUCGACUUUGCCCACACCGGCCCCAUGUCGCGCGACAUGCGCCUUGACGACGGCUACAUCACCGGCCUACACACCAUCCUCAAGGCCCUCAAGGCCAUCCGCGAGUACCGCGCAAAGCCCAUCUUCUCCGUCCGCAACGCCGUCGUCGACGUCAUGGAGGAGCGCCGCGCCAUCACCCGCGCGGCCUCGGACAACUUCCCCGACAAAAACGCACACCCCGUCCCCUUCACCUUUAGCACAUUGCUCGGGGACCUCACCCCGCUCCUUGCGGGCACUCCCGCCACCGAGAGGAAGGGAGAGGGCUCAUAAGCCCUGCGCCCUAGCUGUUCCCUGCCUGUCGUCCAUCCGAGUGCCUGUUCAAUUCCAGUUCCUACACUCGCUCCCUGCCGCCCGAGGCGAUGCCCUCCUCCACUACCUUGUGCAUAUCUGUUUCCGCACAGCUGCAACGUCGAUCCGGAAGAUCCUGUUGGGAACCGAGGCAGAGCAGUCAAGUUUUGAGGCUCGUGAAAUAAUACAACGUUUUAGCUCAGCGCAAUGUGCACAUACCGUAUACUUUCUAUCUGUAACUUUCUAUUUGCAACCAUAUCUUUAAACGAGAUGCGUUGU